AUGGAGGGAGACAACGCCGCCGCAACGGCGACCAGCGCCUCGGCGUAUUCUGCGCCGGGCGUUUUCGCGUCUCCACCGCAGGUGUCUCUUGCGGCCAAUUACCCUUCCUCGCCCUCGGUUUCCCCAGCCCCGGCCUUCUCUCCUCUUUCCCCCUCUUCCGACAACGGCGGAUGUGCAGAUUCUCGCCGUCUCUCCGUCUUUUCUCCCGUUUCUUCUGCGGGCUGUUCGACUUCGUCUCCCUCUCUCCCUCCGCCAGCCGCCGCUUCUCUGUCUCCCGUUCCUCCCUCUUAUUCCCCCAGUUUUCCUUCCUCUCUUCCUCCUCCCUCUGUCUCUUCUCUGCCUGCGGCUUCCCGUCCCGGAGAUCCGCCGGAGGGCCCAGACCACGUGAAUGCGAAGCGACGACUGCCUCUUGACCCCGCGUCGCAAUCUCCUGCGUCCUCGCCGUCUUUCGCUGCUCGCCCCGAAGACGCGAAUGAGGAUCCAGGCGAUACCAAUCGGGCCUGGCCGUCUCCUAAGCGGCGUCUGCUGUCUGGGGUGUCGGUGAAAGACGAGAUCCGAGACGUCUCUGACGAAGGUCGGCCUCUCCUGCAGGAAGGCCGGCCGGGGGUCAACGGCCCCGCCAGCGGGAGACCGCCGAGGUGUCCAGACGCGUCAGAUGCCAGGCAGGCAGGAGACGUGCCCGAACCUGGGCUUCCGGUUUCCGACACCACGAGGGAAGCGAGCGGCCGAUCGAGUGGUCUUGGUUCGGCGGUUUCUUCACAUGACCCUCUCGAGGGCCAGGCGAGUUUUCUCUCUGCUUCGAACAGCAUGGAGAACGACGGAGACGGCGUGCAGUCGGCUGCAGUUCUCGAAGCUCCAGAACACACAGAGGCGAGCGGAGCGCGACAGGGAGGAGACAGUUGCCGAGAGGCCUCGCCAGAUGGACAACCGGGCGUGAGUCCCGAGGCUGGUCGGGAGAGCCUCAGUCCUGGGGCGAAUGGCGAGAAGCACGAAGGCGAGAAAGAAGCGAAGCAAGAGUGGGCAUGCGGAAGCCCACACAGUGAACAGGACGUGGACGCCGAGGAGGAAAGGGCAAACGAUGAAGACGAAGCAAGUGAACAGCGGAACGCAGACACGGGGUUCGCGCUUCAAGACUUCUACGAUUUCUCGGAAGACAUUGCGGCGUUAAUGGGCGUCUUCGUCGGACCCCAGAUCGAAGCGAUUGAGGCCGAAGCGGUCGCAGAGACUGUUCGGCUCUGUCUGGGAUUCAUUGACGACGCGGUCGCCCGCGGACUGUUUGUUGCGUCGACGCUCAACUCGGGGCUGCACCCGCCGGCUUUGCUUCCGCGUCCGUCUGCCGCGGCGACCUCUCCAGGGAGACAGGCGUCUCCUAGCCAGAGGGCUGUUGCGUCCCCUGCACUGGUGUGGGGUUCGACAUCUCCGACACGGCUGGGGACGCCUGGGUCACCUUCUGCCUCGGGUGCCUCGCCCUCGGGGUCUUGUGGGGAUCGGAGCGAAGGGUGCAUGCUUCUCGCCGAGCACUUCAUUCUCGCCUUCUGCAACACGAGUCAGCGAAAGUACCAGAGAUGUCGGCAGGUCCUCGAGACCCACCGCCAGAUCCAGAGUCUACUUACGGCCUACGACGACACCUUGAUUUCGUCUGUGAAUCCGAUCUACCACCCGGCAACUCUCGCGUCUUCGCUCCCUGCGAGCCGGUCUCCGCUGGGAGGCGAGGCAGGCCCAGGGACCGAUCCGGAAUCGACUCCAGCGGUGCACUCUGGCGCCGCCAGCAAGGGUGGGAAGGGAAGGGCUGGAGACGGAAAGAAGGAGGCUACCGCGAACGCCAAGGGCACUUCCCCAGCUGCUAGCCACGUACAGCUACCCGGGGGCGAAAGCACGGAAGAAGAACCGAGCACGGCCUGGUCAGGCGGCGACGUAGCGCGAGCGUGA